AGUUCAUUUAUCUUUGCGUGCCCCUAUAGACAACUCAAAGUGUUUUUGUUUAGUACCCGCUUAUCGUUUGCUUUUAGCGGCUUUGUCUGAGCGAGCAUAAUUGUCUAUCAAACAGUCGCGUCCCAGAAGUUAACCGGUUAAGUUGGAGCAAGUUCUAGAAGCAAAAGUGUUCAAGGACAUGAGAAUAAUUUACGUCUUCAUAUUAGCGGCUUUUCUAGCUGUUACUUACGCUACGAGAUCAUUCACAAUCGAUUAUGAGCGUGAUACUUUUCUUAUGGAUGGAAAGCCAUUCCGAUUCGUAUCGGGCUCGUUUCACUAUUUCCGCGCUCUGCCCGGAUCUUGGCGACAAAUUCUGCGGACGAUGCGAGCCGCUGGACUAAACGCAGUCAUGACGUACAUCGAGUGGUCUACACAUGAGCCUAAAGAAGGGCAGUAUGUUUGGGAUGGAAUUGCAAACUUGGAGCAGUUCAUACAGAUUGCCCAGGAGGAAGACCUAUACGCCAUCCUACGACCAGGACCGUAUAUUUGCGCUGAACGAGAUAUGGGUGGCUUUCCCUAUUGGCUUCUCACCAAGUAUCCAGAUGUGAAGCUUCGAACCUAUGAUCUAGACUACCUACGAGAAGUGGAAAAGUGGUAUGGAGUCCUGAUGCCGCGGAUUCAAAACCAUUUAUACAAACGAGGAGGACCAGUUAUAAUGGUGUCGAUAGAAAAUGAAUAUGGAUCGUUCUCCGCAUGUGACGGUCGAUAUUUGUCUUUCCUCAGAAAUUUAACAGAAAGUUACAUCCAAAAUGAAGCAGUGCUCUUUACCAACGAUGGACCGGAUCAACUGCCAUGCGGAAGAAUCCCAGGCGUACUGGCAACACUUGAUUUUGGAUCUGUUGGGAACCCCGACAGUUAUUGGCAAAAGCUUCGCAAGUACCAAGCAAAAGGGCCAUUGGUAAAUGCAGAAUUUUAUCCUGGUUGGCUUACCCAUUGGAUGGAACCAUUGGCUCAAGUUGCCACCGGGCCCGUGGUGAGUCAGUUACGCAGAAUGCUUCAACAGGGAGCGAACGUCAACUUCUAUAUGUUCCAUGGAGGAACCAACUUUGCGUUCACGGCGGGAGCUAAUGACGGCGGACCUGGGAGAUUCAAUACUGAUAUCACUUCCUACGACUAUGAUGCCCCCUUAGACGAAGCCGGCGAUCCUACAUCUAAGUAUUUCGCUAUUAGGAACACCAUAUUAGAGUUUCUUCCGGAUCCUGGUGUGUCUGUACCGAGCAAACUUCCGAAAAUGAACCUUCCACCAGUGAAGAUGAACCGUCUAGGCUCGCUUCUAUCAGAGCAAGCACGACAGAUUCUGGCAAAGUAUUCAUUGUCGUCACGACGGCCGUUGGGAUUCGAAGCCCUAAAUCAACAUUCAGGGUUGAUUUUGUAUGAAACACAAAUACCUAAAGCUCUGCACCACUCGGAUCCCUUGACUAUUAGGGUUGACACUCUACACGAUCGCGCUUAUGUUCACGUAGAUAACAAAUUCGUUGGAAUCCUAUCACGUGAAACUGCUACGUACUCGAUGCCGAUCAGACUUGAAUCAGGAACAGCUAAACUUCAACUGGUGGUGGAGAAUCAAGGCCGUAUCAACUACAACAUUGCAAACGACAAGAAAGGUAUCCUGGGUGCAGUUACUCUGAACGGCACGGAACUACUAAACUGGAGCAUGACAGGCUUUCCACUUGAAAACUACUCGCAGUUGGAAAAUUAUAUCGACCAGUUCAGCGGUUUGGAGGAAACUACCGGCUCAGUGAAAAUAUUCCACGGUGAAUUCAAUAUUACUACCGAUAAUAUCUACGAUACAUAUUUUGACCCGAGAGGAUGGGGAAAAGGAGUAGUGUUCAUCAAUGGAUUCAAUUUAGGAAGAUAUUGGCCAUUAGCAGGACCGCAAAUAACGCUCUAUGUUCCACGACAUAUUUUGAUUCAAGGGAAAAAUACGAUCGUUGUGAUUGAAUAUCAGAAGGAGGUAAUGCAGGGUACUUUAAUCAACUUUAGAGACCAAGCUAUUCUCAAUGGGCCCUAGCAAUGGAUCUUUGAAGAAAACUCAUUUAGCACUCAUUACAUAUGGCAUUUAACAUAGUGACAGCAUUGCUGUUUUGUCAAACACACAAAGCUACAAUGUCGCUAUGCUUGUCAUAGCGUCCGUUUUGUUUAUUACAAUCGUCCAUUGAAUGAAA